ACCACUGUACAAGUACUGAGAAUGCUAAAUCCAUACUGAGUAAAUAUUAACAGUGUUAUAAAAGAAACAAGUGUAACAGGUUGGACUGAAACUGACAAAGUGAAAGCUGGAAGUUCCCUAAUGGAGAAGAGUUGGGGCAGAUGGGUUUAUACUGGAUCUUAUAUGCUGAAAUGAUUACCCCUAUCUGGGGCAGGUAAAUUCCUAUAAAUCGGGAACCGACUACUGGACCCCCUAGGAAACUGCAGAGGAACCAACAGAACCUUGGGAUAAAGACUGGAGGGAAGGGAGGCACCAUGUUCCUUACCCACCGGUACCGGCUGAUCCAUCUGUUCCUUCUCCUCUGGCACCAAACAGGUGCAGUUCUGGGCAUCUUUACUUCUUCCCAACGUGCCCUCGCUGGCUCUGAUGUUCUUCUGCCCUGCAGCUUCCAAGUGGAUAAACCCCCCCCAAACCCUGAACCCCCAACUGUAAUCUGGUACUUUGAGCAUCAGGAAAUUGUAAGAUCUGAUAACAAAGGUUUGUCCCUCAGCCCCAGGGCUUCAUUCAAUGGACAGGCAGCAAAUAUGGGAGAUGCCUCCUUGUCUCUGGCCAACGUGUCCAUCUCGGAUGAAGGGAUCUACAGGUGUCACGUGAUCUAUCAGCAGCAACCCAGAGACACCCGGGUCAUAUUAGAGGUUCUUGUUCCCCCACAGAUCCGUAUCCCCAGUAAAGUUAUCAGUAAGAAUAAGGAGAACACUCUGAUCUGCACGGCCAAUGGUUUCUACCCAGUGGAUAUUGAUGUGAGUUGGUAUAAAGACAAUAAGCACCUUACAGACUCCCAGUUGGACAAACCUGAGAGGAACCCAGACGGCACAUACAGAGUGAGGGGCACCGUGACGUUACCCCCAAUGGAUGGGCAGUUGGACCAUAACUUCUCCUGCAGAGUCCAACAUCACUCUCUCCAGCAGCCUCUCCAGGAAGAUGCCCAGUUGGAGUAUGAAGAUGAAAGAAACUCGGUCGUCAUUCUGUCCUGUGUCCUCCCAUUUGUUCUACUGGUCGGAUUGGGAGUCGGCACUUUAAUCUGGAAAUACAGAAGGAAAUGUUGGUGCUGGAAUAAGGAUAAUGAUAUUGUUAUAGGAAAUGCUCCGUUACAGGGUUACUCGGUGAGUGAGAUUAAAGGGCCAGAGAAGCUGUUGGAUGGAGAAGAGGCCACUCUGUACUGUACGGCCACUAACUGCCCCCAGGGGGACCCACAGGUCACAUGGAGUGAGGAGAGGGCAGGAAAGCAGCGGGACAUACCCCAGUGCCACCCGGGGGACCCAGGGGAAGCAGAAUGGCUGUUGGGGGGCUCCUACUUGAUCAUCUGUAGGAAAGAGGGGCUGCAAACCCACUGCUCCUCCCUGAGAUUUGUACCCCGUGUGGGGCAACACAGAGAUGUGACCCUGAUCUGCAGGUUUGUCUGCACUGGGGCAACUACGGAGAGGAGAUUCCCCUGUGCCACCAUCUAUGCCAGACCAGCGCCGGUAUCAGUGGUACCAACUCUGUGCGGCCCAGCGAAGGUUUCCUACUCCCUCACCCUGCGGGGAUUCUACCCCAGAGACAUCUCCAUCACUUGGGUCUGUGGGCUGGGAUUUUCCCAUGGCAGAAAAAUAGCCAACGAGCAAUAUACGGAGAACCCUGAUCUGACGUUUAAUGUGCGCAGUGAGGUCAGAAUUCCUGGGGAUCGAUUUAAAGAUCCGGAAUUCCAAGUGGGUGUGACUUGGGAACACGAGUCGCUGGGGGCUCUGGGAUACAGGGAGUUCUCUGCACAGGAUCCAGAAUUCCCAUGGAAACCAGCAGUGGAGCCAAUACAGAAGGCUCAGUUUCUCCAUAACAGCCCCACCACCCUGCGGUGCAAUAUCUCGGGGUAUUUCCCAGAUGCCCUGACAGUGACGUGGCUGCGGAAAGGGGCACAAAGUGAGGAACUAACAGAAGUGCCCAAUACUCACCCAUAUAUACGGCCCCACAAACAGCCAGAUAGCACCUACAGCUGCACCCCCAGUCUGAUCAUUUACCCCUCACGGAGAGACCAGGGGGCAGAAUAUAUCUGCAGGGUGGCACAUCCCAGUCUGGGGGAACCCAUAGACACGAGCACUGGGAGGAUCAAGGUUAUGGCUAAACCCGUGUGUCAGGAUCCGGUACAAAUGGAUCUUCUCACUAACAGCAGAGUUCAGUUCUCCCUCACCCUACGGAGCUUCUACCCCCGAGAUAUUCACAUCAACUGGAACCUUGGGGAGACACAAUAUACUCAGCCCCCCACAAACACAGUCACCCAAUCAGAUCCACUCACGUAUGAUAUCACCAGUGUCUGUAACGUCCCUGGGCAUCUGUUCUGUAAUCACCAAUAUAAAGCCCAUGUGACCUGGAACCAUGUGACUAUGGAAGCCCCUGAGUCCCGGGAACUGUGUGUAACAGAUUUCCCCUGGCGCCCAGAGGUAGGAGAGAUCCGGGUUCCUACACUGGGGAAGGAGAAAGUGGCACUGAGCUGUAGGGUCUCUGGGUACUUCCCUGAUGCACUGACUGUCAGCUGGUUCAGGAAGGGGAAAGGAGACCAAUCAGAAGUCCCGCUCUCUGCCCAAUGUGUUGACUCAGUAAUCUCAGACUGGGUCAGGAGGACAAUAGGAGACCAAUCAGAGGUCCCACUACCUGCCCAUUCCAGUGGCUUAUGGUUCUCAGACUUGCUAAAUAUGGAGAAAGGAGGCCAAUCAGACGUUGCACUGACUGCCCAGUGUGAUGGAUCAGGGAUCCCAGUUGGAUGUAACAAGGGGAAAAGAGACUGGGUAGAACUUGGCGUGCCUGCCCAUUCUGAUGGGUCACAGAUCUCAGACACAAGUAAGAAGGAGGAGAAAGGAGACCAAUCAGAGGCCUCAGUGAGCACCAAACGCUAUAAAGUACCAGAACCCAAAUCCCAGAGGCAGGAGAAUCAGACAUUUACAUGUGAAACAGAAUUAUCCUUCUCCCCAGAGCAGAAGACUGACCAAGGGGCUGAAUUCAUCUGCAGAGUGGGGCACCCCAGCCUGGGGCAGUUAGUAGAGAGAAGGGUCGGCCCAUUAGUGAUCCCUGAAUAAUCCCCAUUCCUGCCCCAUAACUCCCCCAAUGUAUUUGUCAUUGUUUUCAUGUUACAAAUAUAUAUAAAGGCCACAGUAGUUCUUUUAA